CUGCUGAAGUUUUGUGAUUACGAGUUCUUGUUUCAAAAAGGCGUCAAUUGGAAUGGGACUGUGUGAUACUUUCUAGCUGCUGUUCCCGCAAGAACUGAGACAUUGUUAUCACAUCUGAAACGUUACUUUAUGUACUUAUUUUUUGUCAUUUUUACUUUUUUAAUUGAGAAUUUGGAGACGUUCCGAUUAAGAUUUGUUUAGGUCAAAUUACACACGAAUCCGGGUGAAGAGUGUCUUGAAAUUGGAUUAGAAAGGAUUUUUUAAUUCUCUAAUAUUUCUAGUUUUGUAUCAAUGGUGAGGAAACAGCAGAACACGAGUGGGACUUUGAAUGAGCCCAACUCCGCAUCGAUUUUCUUUGGGAAGUUACUUAACUUUGAGAAGCUGAUUUGAUCUACUCAUAUUCUUAGCUUCUGGACCUUUUAGCCUUUAACUGAACUGCAACUAGUUAUUAUUGCCUGUAAUACGAAAGUUGAAUCUACUUUUUGGGGAUUCCUCCUUUUAUAUAUUUUUUAAUUCAGUGUUUAUUUUUUUAGUUUUAAAGACUGUUGUUUUUGUUUGCCACGGUGGAUACCAUGCUACCGACUGUGCAGGAGAAGUGGACGGCGUAUCACUGGGGGAUAUGGGUUCUGAUGUGCGGAUUGCUGUGCUCUGCCGCGGUGAAUGGAUGUCCUCACAAAUGCAGUUGCUCUGGAUCUCAUGUGGAUUGCCAGGGUCAAGGCUUCAGGACCGUGCCUAAAGGAAUACCUAGGAACGCGGAGCGUUUGUAAGGGAUUUGGAACAGGAAUAACAUCACCAGGAUCACUAAAGUUGACUUUUCUGGCAAUAAAAACCUGCGAGUUCUGCACCUAGAGGACAACCAGAUCACAGUGAUUGAGAGGGGGGCGUUCCAGGACCUCAAACAGCUAGAGAGACCGCGUCUGAACCGGAACAAGCUGCAGGUUCUCCCAGAGCUGCUGUUCCAGUCCACACCCAAGCUUGGCCGCCUAGACCUCAGUGAGAACCAGAUCCAGGCGGUUCCUCGUAAGGCUUUCCGUGGGAUCACAACUGUCAAAAACCUGCAACUGGACAGCAACCACAUCAGCUGUAUCGAAGAUGGAGCCUUCCGAGCCCUGCGCGAUCUGGAGAUACUCACCCUCAACAACAACAACAUCACCCUCAUCCCUCUGUCYAGCUUCAACCACAUGCCCAAGCUGCGGACUCUGCGUCUGCACUCUAACAAUCUGCACUGCGACUGCCACCUGUCCUGGCUGUCCGACUGGCUGCGGCAGAGGCAUGGCCUGGCCCCCUUCACCCAGUGCAUGGCCCCCGCCAGCAUGAGGGGCCUCAACAUCCCUGAUGUCCAGAAGAAAGACUUCACCUGCACAGGCCCGGCUCAGGCAGAGCCUCGUACCUGUAUUCCCCAGGCAUCAGUAUGUCCGAUCUCCUGCACCUGUAACAACAACAUUGUGGAUUGUCGUCACAAGGGUCUGACUGAGAUCCCUGCCAACCUGCCCGAGGGCAUCGUAGAGAUUCGUCUGGAGCAGAACCUGAUCAAAGACAUUCCUGCUGGAGCCUUUCCAUACAAGAAACUCAAGAGGAUCGACCUGAGCAAGAAUCAAAUCUCUGAUAUCGCCGCCGAUGCCUUCACUGGCUUACGCUCCCUGACUUCACUGGUCCUGUACGGGAACAAGAUAGCUGAGAUUCCUAAGGGCCUGUUUGAUGGGCUUGUCUCUCUUCAGCUACUGCUACUGAACGCCAACAAGAUCAACUGUCUGAGGGUGAACACCUUCCAGGACCUGCAGAGCCUCAACCUGCUGUCUCUGUACGACAACAAGCUGCAGACCAUCAGCAAGGGCCUGUUCGCCCCGCUCCGCUCCAUCAAGACCAGCCACCUGGCUCAGAACCCUUUCAUGUGUGACUGCCAUCUCAAGUGGCUGGCUGACUACCUGUUUGACAACCCCAUUGAGACCAGCGGAGCCCGCUGCAGCCACCCCCGUCGCCUGGCCAACAAACGCAUCAGCCAGGUCAAGGGAAAGAAGUUCCGUUGCACAGGUACAGAGGACUACCGUAGCAGACUGAGUGGAGAGUGUUUCCAGGAUCUGGUGUGUCCAGAGAAGUGUCGCUGUGAAGGCACUGUGGUGGACUGCUCCAACCUCAAACUGACCAAACUGCCCCCACACCUCCCCGAGCACACCACAGACCUGCGCCUGAACGACAACGAAAUCUCCAUCCUGGAGGCCGCGGGGACUUUUAAGAAGCUGCCCAACCUGAAGAAGAUUAACCUUAGCAACAACAAGCUGAGGGAUAUCCGUGAGGGGGCCUUUGACGGAGCCGGGGGGGUCUUGGAGGUUCUGCUGACUGGCAACAAGCUGCAGGCACUGCAGGGACGCAUGUUUAGAGGUCUCACUGGACUCAAGACCCUGAUGCUGAGGAGUAACCAGAUAGGCUGUGUGGACAACACCACUUUCACAGGCCUGAGCUCUGUACGUCUGCUGUCCCUCUACGACAACCGGAUCUCCACCAUCGCCCCGGGAGCCUUCACUACACUGCACUCCCUCUCCACCAUUAACCUGCUGUCCAACCCCUAUGUGUGUGACUGCCACCUGGCCUGGCUGGGUCUGUGGCUGAAGAAGACCAGGGUUGUGAGUGGGAACCCUCGCUGCCAGAAACCUGCCUUCCUCAAGGAGAUCCCCAUCCAGGACGUGGCUAACCCUGACUUUACCUGCGACGGCACUGAGGAGAAUGUGUGUUUUCCGGUGUCUCGCUGCCCAGAGUCGUGCACAUGCUCAGACACAGUGGUGCGCUGCAGUAACCGGGGGCUGCGCACUCUGCCCAAAGGCAUCCCCAAGGACACCACUGAGCUAUACAUGGAAGGUAACCUCCUGAUGUCCAUCCCCAAAGAACUGUCCACACUUAAGCAACUAUCUCUUGUAGACUUAAGUAACAACAGCAUCAGCACCGUGGCCUCCAUGGCCUUCAGCAACAUGACUCAGCUCGCCACUCUGAUCCUGAGUUACAACCAGAUUCGCUGUAUCCAAGUACACGCAUUUGAUGGACUUAAAUCUCUGCGUCUCCUGACUCUCCACGGAAAUGACCUUUCAACUAUACCAGAGGGAGCCUUCAACCAUUUGACAUCUCUGUCUCAUCUGGCUUUGGGUGCCAACCCCCUGUAUUGUAACUGUGACCUGCGCUGGCUGUCCCAGUGGGUGAAGGCUGGCUUCAAGGAGCCUGGCAUCGCCCGCUGUACUGGACCACCUGACAUGGCCGACCGCCUGCUGCUCACCACGCCCCUCAACCGCUUCCAGUGCAAAGGACACAGAUACCAACUUAAACCUUCUAGCCCUCUAAGGGCAUAUCUCUUCUCUGGGCCCUCCCAGGGUCAGAACUGUGAGAUAGCCAUCAACGCCUGCAUCAGUUUCCCCUGUGCCAACGGGGGGACCUGCCACCUGAUGCCAGGCCAAGCGGAACAGUUCAGCUGUACGUGUCCACCUGGCUACGAGGGUCUACAGUGUGAGGUGAACCCAGAUGACUGUGAGGACAAUGACUGCGAGAACAACUCCACCUGUGUGGACGGCAUCAACAACUACACCUGCGUCUGCCCCCCCAACUACACAGGGGACCUAUGUGAGGAGGUGGUGGACAACUGUAUGCAAGGCUUCGACCCCUGCCAGCAUGACUCCAAGUGCAUCCCCCUCGCCAAAGGCUUCAGGUGUGAGUGCUUGCCCGGCUACGUGGGCCAACACUGUGAGCAGGACUACAACGACUGUCUGGAGAACAAGUGUCAGCAUGGGGCCGAGUGUGUGGACGCUGUCAACGGGUACACCUGCGUGUGUAAGGAGGGCUUUAGUGGUCUAUUCUGCGAGAACCCUCCUCCUAUGAUCCUGCUGCAGACCAGCCCAUGUGACCAGUCAGAGUGUCAGAAUGGUGCCCAGUGUCUAGUGGUGGAAGGGGAGCCUGUGUGUCGCUGCCUGCCAGGCUUCACCGGAAACAAGUGCCACAAGAUCGUCACCGUCCACCUCUUGGGCAAAGAGACCUACCUGGAGCUGCCCAGCAUCAAGAUACGCAACUCUGUCCACAUCUCCCUACAGGUGGCUACAGAUAAGGACAACGGUAUUCUGCUCUACAAGGAGGAUCAUGAUCCUCUAGCUCUAGAGCUGUACCAGGGACACAUACGCAUAAUCUACGACAUCGCUAACUACCCGCCGACCACCGUCUACAGUGUUGAGUCUGUGAGUGACGGUCUAUUCCACACGGUGGAGCUCCUGAUUCAGAACCACUCUCUAAGCCUGGUGGUGGACAAGGGAUCCCCCAAGAGCCUGGGCAAGCUGCCCCGCCAGCCCUCUGUGGACCACAACACACAGCUCUACAUAGGAGGUGUGCCCUCAGCGGUAAUGGCGUCCGGACUGCGUUCAGGUCCCGAUCGCAGCCCCCAGGCCUUCAACGGCUGCAUCCACAACGUCAGGAUCAACGGAGAGCUCCAGGAUCUGGGGGCAGCACUGCGCGGGUUAGAAGGCAUCCUGCCAGGCUGCCACUCUUGCAGCGUGUGUGCCCAGGGCGCCUGCAGACAGAGGGGGGAGACGGGUGUGUCCUGUGAGUGCCCACCCAGCCGCAGCGGACCCCUCUGUGACCAGAGGAUUGCCCCUAGCCCCUGUCAGAGCAGCAGGUGUGUCCAUGGGCUGUGUGUGCCUAAGGCGUCGUCCUACAGUUGUCAUUGUGCUGACGGCUACACAGGGCAGUACUGUGACAGGAGAGAGGAGCCCCAAGCUUGUAAAGGACACCAGUGUGGACACGGGGAGUGUAGGGUCACAGAGAGCGGGGAGCCCUCCUGCCAUUGCCAGCCGGGCUACACUGGCCCUACCUGUGACGCAGAACCGGCGUGCCAGGGAGAGGUGGUGCGUGAGCUGCUGAAGCGGCACCAGCCCAUGAAGACGUGCACCUCCACCAGUAAGAUCCCCCGGGUGGAGUGUCCCCGCGCCUGCGACGGAGGCUUCUGCUGCACCCCAUCCAAGAGCCGGAGGCGGAAAGUGGUCUUCAAGUGCACCGACGGAUCCUCGUACUCUGAGGAGAUGGAGACCACCCUGGAGUGUGGCUGUGCCAAGUGCCCGUUGUAAUAUCAUGUCAUCGCCAUGGAAACAACCACAAACAAAACAAGGGACCUGCUGCCAGAGAGCAAAAAUAAAAUAUAUUGUAAAAUAAAACAUAGAACUUAUUUUUAUUAUGGGAUUUUUUUUUUUUUAAAGAAGAGACUUGAUAAUUGUUUUUAAUAUGUCGAAUAUUAUUGUCAUAUGAGAAGUUAUUUUGUACCUUAAGAAAAAAAAAGAAAAAAAGAUUAACAUUCCUGAAAGUAUAUGAAUUUAUAUGUAUGUAUAAAUCUAUAUAAAUGUAACGUUAUAACCUAACCCAUGGUUUUUAUUUGCUCAGUGUAUUAUUGCAUGUGUGUGUACGUGUUGAUGUGGUAGGGGAGUCUUUGGACACUUUAAAUGUGGAGCGAGACAGUGAGACAGCGAGUUGUACAAAAAGGCUGCGAAGGGAAGGAGGAGUUGGUGCUGCAUCUCCCCAGACAUAAAGAAGAGGAAGGCAGUCUUUUUCUCAUCUUCAGCUAUGGAGGCAAACAAAGGAACUGUCCCACUUUGCUCCCCAGCUUUAUAAUGGACUUCAUCCCCACCACAGAGCUAGCUGAGCUCUCUCUAGAGGAUAUGAACUCUUAUCCACGGAGCUUGCAAACAGUGAUUGUUACUUUGUGCCAUAGGAAUCCCAUUUACAUUGUUGUUGUUGAUUUAUAUUUGUCCGCUGUUUCACAUCAGAGAUUCUAGAGUACAACCACAUUGAGCAACAGAUGUUGAAAAUAAAUAUUUUGGGCUAAAAAGACAUUCAAAAUAUGUAUUUCUGGUUGAAAAUACAUAUUCUCUAUGGCUUGUGCUCACUGGGAUGGGCCAAGAUGGCUUCUAUAGAUGUCUUCUAGACAGAGUCUGUCAGCCAGUGAAGUUCUCCUGAGAUUCUGUAACGUGUUUGUUUCUUGCACGAUUGCAUGUGAGAGACUGGCAGUCCAAGACAGAAUGUGAACUUUCUUUAUGAUACGGCAACGGAAUAACCGCGCUGCCAUUAUACGAUGGUUCCCUUCAUAGAAACGUAAUCUAGAUCCAGUCAUGCAGUUUGCCCUGGCGUUCUGGAGUCAUUCAGCGAAAUAACUUGGUGUUCUAGAAUCCUCCGAAUGAGAACUUGUUGUGUCGGUGGUCACAGCUCAGAUGGAAAAGGACUUUAUAAUGCUUGGCCUACCCUGGCCUGCGAAAUCAUUGUUGGACUCAAAUCAUAACCGUCCAUUACUACUAACACUAUUAAAUGCAUAGAUGAAGCCCAUAACUACUGUAUUGUUUACUUUGUAAACAUGUGUUUACCAUAGGAUUUGAGGUAUCAUCACAGUCAGUCAGAAAAUAUUUGGUAACACUUGAAUUGUAUAUUAUUUUAUUAGCACAUUUUGAUACUGUCAUAGAGUGCAGUACAUGUCAAAUACAGUGUUAGCAAAUAUUCUUUCCAUUGAGAGUUUGGCAGUGAUCAAGUUCAGUACACCCUCCAACACCCCCAGUACCUCACUCGAACUACUCCAAUACCCCCAUGCCUCAAAACAUUCAAUUAAAUGAUUCUGUAUGUAUGGAAGGUGCAGGCUCUACAAUGUAAAUGAUCUUAUUUCAGAUGCCUUAUAUUCAGUAAUAAUAAUAAUAACAACUAUCAUGGUGGCCAUACUAUAAGGUGCAUCCUCCAGACAUAGAUAUAUUUCUGGUAAAACAUGAACUUGUGAGUGAUGAAUAAUUAUGUUGAAAUUAAACUACCAUGAAACUAG